AUGGAAGCAAUACAACGGCAAGAUGAUUCUAGUUUAAAUGAUGAAAAUAAUAAUUUAGAAACGAGUUUUUCACAAAAACUUGCGCCAAUCAAUGAAGGAGAUGAAAUUGAUAAUGAAAAUUUCAGUGGCAAACAUUCUGAUUUGCCCGAUAAUGGAGUAUUUAAUGAAACUGAAGAAUCUGAUAAGUUUGGGUUGAACAAUGCUUUGACUUUUAAUCAACAAAAUUCUGACGAAAAUAAAAUCGAUUUUGCUGGUGUAUUCGAUAUUAACGGUAAAGAUGAGGAUAAUAAUGAUUUAAAUGAUAUUGGAAAAGGAAAAAAUACUGAAUUUAAUGUCGAUGAAAGUACAAAUAGUAAUACUGAUGAAUCAAAACUUACUCAAAAUAAUCUAAUACAAGGCUCAGAACGUAGUAAUAAUGCUGCAGAAGGAUCAAAUCAAACUCAAACAAAAAAAUUUUUUAAAAAAGCUUCGGUAUUGAAACAAUUUUUACCUUCUUCUUGGCGUGAUAAUGAGUCUUCUGAUACCGUUAAAGUUGUAUUUCAUGCUCAUUUUCCACCUAAUAUUGAAAGUAAAGGAAAUCCAGUCGUGAUAGGCAAUAUAAUAGAAUUAGGAAAGUGGAAGGAGCCAAUUAUUCAACUUCAACAACCAUAUCGACGUCAAUAUUUACAUCAAUAUACAACCUAUUGGAUUUCGGAACCAGUGUCAAUACCAAUUGCUGCUUAUGAAGAAGGCAUCAGGUAUAGGUAUGCAAUUUAUGUUCCCCGGAAAACUGAUAAGAAAAAUAAAGAGGAUACAGGUGAUCUCUAUCCUGAAGUCGGCAUUAAAAAUGAUUUUCGUUUCUUGGAACUUAAAGGUGGCAAUCAGUUUGAUAUAGUGGAUGAGAUUGUAAUUGGUGGCAAUAGAGCCUCCAUCAAAGAAAUUCGUGAUUUUACAUUUGUGGAAGUUAUCUGUGAAUCCUUGACCUCUGAUAAUAUCAAGGAAAAGAUUACGGAAUAUCAAGAUAUAUUGAACAAAUUUCAGAUAUUAACUAGGGAAAGCACUGAUCUUCGAUAUAUUGUUGAUUGUCUUCAGGAAAUAAAAUCAAAGGAAAAACGUCUUUUCCUGUGUGUUCUCUUAGGCCAUUAUGUUCAAAAUCGACGGGCAUAUUCAUUUGCCAAUUAUUAUUCAUUGCCAAAAAAUUUCCCUUCUCUUCCGUUUAUUGAAUGUCUUGAAAAAUAUCAGCCUGAUAAUAUACCUGAGGAUGCACAUGAAGCACUUUUAGCAGCUAUCUCUGCACUGGUUCGGCACAAUGCUUUUCAGGGUGCAUUUGAUUGGCUUAAAGUGUUUGUUGUUGCUCAUAUGGUUGACCCAAAUUAUUCAUUUAUAGAAGAUUUGACAGAUAUGAAAUAUAAUGAAGAACUUAUGCAAAAGUUUAUCAAACAUUAUCUUCCCAGACAAGUGGUGCCAUACAUCACUAAUAUUGAAAAUGAUAAAACCUAUGCUAGGAUAGCUAGUUGGUUGAUCCAUAUGUGUUGUAAUUUUGAUCCACUCUUAAACAUUUGGGCAGAUAUUAUUGAACACACUCCAGAAAGAGAUGAAUUACUUCGCAAGCCUUUUCUUAAUCGUGUUCAGAUAAUAAUUUCAACUGGAGAUGCAAUAGAUUUAACAAAACAUUUUGAAAAAGUACCUGUUGACCUUCGAAAUGAAGUUGCUGAAGCAUUCCGUAGACGAGCUAUACAAUUAUUGGGCCAUACACAUCAUGAAUGGAAUAAACAAAAUGCAAAUUCUAUUCAAAAUAUUUUAUUGGAUUCUCAGCUUAAUUGGCACAAGGAAGAUUUCCUUGAAGCACUUCGUCAAAUUUCACUAACUUCAAAGGUGAAUUUAUUAGCGAUAUUUCCGAAACUUCUUCAAUUCUGGUUUAAAUUUAAUGAUGUAAAGGAUGAGAUAUCCGAAACUGUUCUUGAAAUAUGUAGCCAAUGGUAUCAACAAUUGUUAGAUCAUUCUAAUGAUAAUACAUCAAAAACAUCCUUUGAUGAUCGGAAUUUUACUUAUUCCGUUUUCGAUAAUUUAUCACAUAUUUAUCCGAUUAUUAAAAAUCAUCAAAAUAUUUUUGUGCAAUUAAUUGGUAUUGCUAUAGAUCGUGUUAAGCAAUGUUCAGAAGAUCAAAUUUUAAGGGCAACAUCUCUUGUUAUUAAGUUAGAACCUAAAAUUUACAUGCGUUUUGGCGAAAUGGUCAAAGGCAUAUUAAAAAUUUCAGUUAGACGAGCAGAUGACAAUCUUUUAACAAAACUUCAAUAUAUUUGUGGUUGUAAUUCAAAGGUUUUUAACAUACCUCAUGAAUUAUGUGAAGAGAUUAUAUGUUAUACAAUGGAGAGACUGCAAUUGAAUUAUCCUAUUUUGGACGACAAGAUAGCUUCUACAGCGAUAUCUCUACUUGAUUCUUCAAAAUUCUGGAUUUUUCUUCUCCAUGCAACUGGUCAUACUGAACAAUUGAAUAAACAUCCAUAUAUAAUUCAAGUUAAAAGCAUAAUUUUUAAAUUUUCUGAAAUUAUUAAAAAUGAAACUAUUUCUAUUCGAUCUUUGCAAGAACUUUUGCAAUAUGAUAAUGAGACAUUGUAUCAAUUUUUUGAUUCUGCCAUUAUUAAAAGAGAUUCAAAUUCUGUCAUAUUAAGUAAAGAUAGUAUAAGCAAACUUCGUAAACAAUGUGAAAUGCAUGAACUAAUAUUGGACCAACUUCGAACUUUUUAUACACAAUUUUGUUCACAUGGAAAAGUCAAAGAUGUUCAACAAUAUCUUGAUGAUAUAAAUACACGAACAAAACGAUUAAGAAACAUUACACUCAACGAGUCGCAAACAUUUAAUCAUUGGGAGUAUCACAAGAAAACUAGAAGUGCUGCAGAACGAGUAUAUAAAACAUCGAAAUCUCAAACAUUCAGGAACAUUUUUGAGAUUAUCAUACAGGAAGACAAAGAAGACUUGACAGUAGAAACAGUUGCACAAACUUUGAUUCCGAAAGUAUUUAAAGAAUAUGAAAAAUUAUGUCGUGAAUACGGAGGAUGGGAAAAACUUAAAUGUUCCGAAGGUAGCAUUCUAUGGAAGAAUGUUUCAAAUAUAAAUAAUGAACUUGAUAUUAUGGACAAUUACGUUAAAAUGGAACGAAAUCAACGAUUACUUAAUACACUUACUCAUCUUUCUAAAGUUCCAAUACAAAUUGAAAGACUUCAACAGUUAACUGCGGUUGUAAUAAUUUUCAGAGUUACGCAUACGAAGAAUGAUUGGCUUGAAAAAUUACUUUUAGCUCUUAAAGGGGAUUAUCUAUGGUUAGGAAAGCUGAAUAAUUAUUUUGAAAUUUACAAUAAAUAUCUUUCAUCAAUCGAUGAAAAUUGUUGGGAAUUGAUUAAAGAAUUGUCUAAUGCUAGCGACUUUAUAAUAUUUCUUCGAUCGGUUGCUGAGCAUGAUAUUAAAAAUUUAAUUAAUGGUGUAGAUGAUCAUUCGGAUGAGCGACUUAUUCAAGAGGAUACUGUAUCAUCACUUAUUCAAGUCAAGCAAUUUUUACUCCCAUUACUUAAUAGUGCUGAGUCUUUGUCUCUUGAGCAAUUUUUGCAAGAUUUACGAGGUAUUACUGAUACAAAUCCUUCUUUAGGUAGCAAAAUAGCAUUAUGUAAUAGCAGCAAUAUGGCAUUGCAAAAUAUGUAUAAUAAUAUUUCGAAUCGUGGGGAAGUUACCAAAGAAAAGAUCCGCAAUGCGGUUAAGAAAGGAACAUAUACUUUCAAAAGAGUAAGUAAAGAUGAUAGAUGUUCUGUAAUGCUAACUUAUCCAUCUAGCACUGAGUCCAAACCAUAUAGCUUGAAUGAUUUACAUGAUUUGCGCGGACGAGCUCUUUUAAUCUCCAAGCCUGGAGCUGCUGUGGAUUUAGCUGCGAUUCAUGGCGACGGCGAUUUAGCUAAGAAUGUGAUGGAUGAAUUUGUAGUACAGGUUGAUUUGGCAAAUGAGAUUAUAAAUAUUGCAUCGAAAUUAAUUCAAAUGGGACAUUUUGGAUAUCGUGAAUUUAGUAGAUAUGCAAAAGGAACUGAAACUUUACAAAAUUUGGAGCAAGAAUUGAAGAAAGAUCUGAAGCAAUGGGAUGAUAUGGUGAAUAAGGCACAAGAAGAACAUUAUUAUUUGACUUUCUUUCCUGCGCGCCACAUUCUGGCCUUUUAUGACUAUUUUACAAGCAAGGAUGAUCCUGAUAACGUAGAACAGAUUCUUAACAACGAAGAAUGUAGCACCCUUAUUCGAUUUGUUAAUAGUGAGGCCACGUUGCCAUCACACUCAGCAGAAUUUAUUAUUUCAAGUGAUGAACAAGAUUAUUAUCAAAUUCUUUGUCAAAUUGGAACCAAAUUACAAAACAUUUUUACAAGUGUGCCCCGUAAAAAGCGUCGUGUUAAAGAUAAAGGAGGGCGCGUUAUGUCUGAUGUUGUAUAUAGAGGAAAACUGUUCGUUGCUGCUUGUAGUGAUAAAAACCUUGUUCCAAAUAUUAUCAUGAGUUUGUAUGUCAAUCACGGAACAUAUCCUCAACCAUGGCAAUUGCUAAUAUGUACUUCCUCCACAACUAUGGAAGAACUUACGAUCUUUAUCAAACGAUGCUUUUUUGCUGCUAGCAAUGGGUAUAAUGGAUAUUUGUUCUGUAUGGCGAACCUAGAAUUGCUUGAUUUUGAGUUGCAAUAUAAUCUUGUUAACAAUAUCCGAUCAAUGCGCAAAAAGCAGACUAAUUACCAUUUAGCGCUUAUUUGUUGUCGUGAAACCGGAAUGCAUCAUCAUAUUUUGGAUCAAUUUUCACAAGACGUUUAUGCAACAAAUGGGCUUGGAACUGAAGCCAUGAAAGUUAUUUAUAAUGAAUUACAUCCCAAUAAUGUUAAAUGUUUAUCAUCUGACUUGUCAGGUCAAGGUAAAUCCGAAUAUAUUCGGCAAGAAAGUUUUGCUAAUGGUAAAGUUCCCAGAAGUUUCCUUAUUAGCGAUGGAGUUGAUUUUGGAACACUUGUUCAUAAAUUCAAGGAAUUUAAGAUUCGACGCGUUGAGAGUUUGCAUAUAAAUAUUGUAUCUGCUGAUCAUCCGGUGGAUGUUAAUAUGUUUUUAUUUGAAUUGUUAACAUUGGGUGUGGUUUCAAAUAAUAUGGACAUAGCAUAUCUUCCAGAUACUUUUAUAUUUAUCGAGAUUGCAUCAACAGUCAAUCAGUAUUUACUUAAAUCUUUACCAAUAACUGGAUGUCUCAGGAGCGAGCAUCUGACAUGGAAUAUAGAGAAACUCAUGGUAUCACAAGAGAUAAAUAGUCCCAUACAAGUUGUAUGCCGUUACUUACUCGCACAUUCUACUAGUAAGGUUGAUGACAAAGAUAUUGUAUUUCGAUCAACAAAUGACGAGCCAAUCGUACUAUUAAAACCUGAGGAAUGUCAAUCGCUUAUUGAAAAAUAUUUAUUUAAAAACAAAAAAAAUGCAGAUGAUAUUUCAUCAUUUAGAUUUGUAGAAAUAUUUGUAAAUGUGUUGGCAGAUCAGUUGGUUAGAUUGUCUUCAAGCUCGUUUUUCGAGUGUGAAAAUUUGAAAUUAAUGAUAAAAGAUGCUAAUAUAAGAACAACUUUAUUAUACACAUUGAUUGAUGUCUCUAAAGACUUCGCUACGAGAUCGAUAAAUACGAAAGCGGCACAACUAGAGUCGACUUCAACUGAUGAAGACGCAAGGCUGGGUACGAUAGUGCAAUGGGAUGAUUCAAAUCAUUUAUUAGUAUUUUUCUUAUCACAAACGCCGGAUUCUAUUUGCGCCUUGUACCGAGAUAAAGCAAAAGUUCCGCAGAAUGUAAGAACAUUAUUGAAAAGCCAAUAUAUAGGAGAUAAGAGUUGGGAAUUGGAGGAUUAUCAUGAGAUGAGUACAAAUGAGCUUUUGGAGAAAUUGGAAUGCUUGGCAAGAAAAACAAUGCACAAAAUUGAGUAUCCACAGUAUGCAUUGUCAGCAGACAAUUUGGUAAAGAUGGCUUUAAUAUUGUUAAGGUCUCGUGCAAAUAUUCCGGUGGUAAUUUGUGGAGAAGCUGGAUGUGGAAAGACAAGUUUAAUCGGAUUUCUAGCCAAAGUUGUUGAAGUCGAAUUUCAACCUCUUAAUCUUCAUGCUGGUGUCACCGAAAAUGCAAUUUUAAAAUUCAUGAGUGAUGCCCAAGCCAAAGCUGAGAACGGUGAAAUAUGGUUAUUUUUUGAUGAGAUCAAUACUUGUAACCACAUAGGUCUUUUGGCUGAUUUAAUAGCCCACCGGACGUUACUUGGUAAACAGAUUCAUUCCAAUAUGAGGAUAUUUGCUGCAUGCAACCCUUAUAGAAUACGCACAAAAAGUCAAAGCGUCGUAGGGUUAAAAACUAAGAAGAGAUACGAUGAACAAAGUAAUCUUGUAUAUCAAGUAAAGCCACUACCUGAUCAAAUUUUGGAUUAUGUUUGGGAUUAUGGUGUGCUGCACCCAGAAGAAGAACGCAGAUAUAUUCAAAUUAUGGUUUCUAAUUCUUUAGAAAAUUUUGAUACUAAAUGUUUUAUAUUUGCAAAAUUAUUAUUCAGAUCUCAAGCGUUCAUUCGAGAGGUUGAAGAGCCUUACAGUGUUAGCUUAAGAGACGUAAAAAGAGCAAUUACGCUUGUAAAUUUCUUUGCAGAAAGUUUACAAAAUCGACCGCCUGUUCGCAAGAAUGCGCCAAAAUAUCCGCCAAUAGGAGACAACAUUUCGAUUCCAACAAGAUGUUACAUUCUUGCAUUGGGAUUAUGUUAUCAAUCUAGAUUGUACGAUCAAUCUCUGAGAAAGAAAUAUCGAAUUGCUAUGGAAAAUAUAUUUAGAUUAGAUAAUCUUAAAGUUGAUGAGAAAACAUUUAAUAAGGUUAUAAGACAAGAGCAAAAUGAUUAUAUUAAUCGGAUGACUUGUCCUCCCAAUACCGCAAAGAAUGAAGCCCUUUUAGAAAAUGUUUUGGUAAUGAUUGUCUGCAUUCUUACUAGAAUUCCGGUCUUUAUUAUUGGGGCCCCUGGUCAAAAUCUUCGUGGCUCCGAUUCAAAUGAUGAAUAUUUCAGAAAAUUACCACAGGUUUACCUUAUCCCUCAUCAAGGUUCAUCGUCCUCAACUUCAGAUGGUAUUCUUAAAGUUUUUCAAAAAGCUCAAAAUUACCAGGAAACGAGUUCUAAAGAAUUUCCUGUAAUCAGUGUUGUUUUACUUGACGAAGUUGGAUUGGCUGAAACCAGUCCUUUUAAUCCAUUAAAAGUAUUACAUUCCUUACUCGAACCAAGUUACCCUUCAGAAGGGUCGACUGUUUCUGUGGUUGGAAUUUCUAAUUGGAGAUUGGAUAACAGUAAAAGUAGUAGAGCUUUGCCAAAGUUCGACCUUGAUGAUCUUGUGGAUACGGCUGUCCGCUUGCUCUAUUCAAAAACGACUGGACAAAUUACCAAAGCGUCUCUUCAACCGUUAGCCGACGCAUAUUCCAAUUAUGAGCAAAAUGGUCAAUCAAUUCCAAAUUUCCAUGGUCUUCGUGAUUAUUACGCUUUAGUAAAAAGUCUUUCUCUAGGUGACAUGACGCCUGAAAACAUUCAGAUGGCUCUUGUCCGUAAUUUUGGUGGCACAGAUCAAAAUGCCACUCUGUGUGAAAAAUAUUUUGGAGAAGUUUUAAAAGCUUUUAAUAAUUCGAGAAAUUGGAUUUAUAAUCCAAUUCCUGUUGAAAAACUUAUUAAUGCAAAUUUGGAUGAUGAAGGAGCAAGACAUCUAAUGGUUAUUGGAAAGAGUGAUUCUAUUGUUAAUUUGUUAACAUAUCAAUUAAGAAAAAGAAAUCUAGAUCCUGUUGUUAUUUUGGGAUCACAAUUUCCUGAUGAUCAAGAUGAUUAUUCAUAUAGCGUUUUGAGUAGGAUUAUGAUGUGUGUAGAAGCGGGAAGACCAUUGAUUUUGACGGAUUUAGAAAUAAUUUAUGGAAGUCUUUACGAUUUGUGGAAUCAAAAUUACAUUGUUGUUGGCAGCGCCGAAGAUCCAAAGUAUUAUACUAGAGUAGCGCUCGGUGCUUACGCAAAUCCUAUGCUUUAUGUGGCGAAGACCUUUAGAUGUAUAUUAGUACUUGAUGAAAAAAAACUUAAGCAUGCAGAUCCACCACUUUUAAAUCGGUUUGAAAAACAAAAGAUGACUAUCAACGAUACACUUACCAAACAUGAGACUGAGCUGGUUCAGCAAUUGUCUAAUUGGGCCAAACAAAUGGUGACUGUGUUUGGAAAGAGUACAUUUGAUCCUAAUGGUAAAUUUUCCCAAAAAGAUCUUUUCAUCGGGUUUGAUCCAGAUGAAACCUUACAAAGCUUGGUUAUUGAUGUUAAAAAAAGCAACCCUCAUAGCAACGAUGACGAUAUUCUUGAAAAGUGUAAAGAAAAUUUAAUUGCCAUUGCAUCUUCUGAUGGUAUUAUUCGAACAGAAAAAUCCAUCUUGGAUCCCGAAGAAAUCGCUCAUUGGAAGAAUGUUUACUUUAAAGAACAGCACCAUGAUCAUCUUGCUGACCAUAUCCAGGCAUUACUUGACGAUUUAAAUGAGUUUCAAAUAAUCGUAAACACAUUCUCCAACAUUAAUACAGAUGUCAAGGCAUGUUUAAAUGAUAUAAUUGAUUGUCAGGUUGAUAAACUUUCGACCUUUAAAACUGAAUCUCAACUUCAAAAUCGAGUUAAGCAUUUCUGGUUAGAGUCUACAGAUCAAUUAUUAGUUCUUCAAUGCGAUGUUACAACUGUGAAUGCUGGUUGUAUCAAAUUAGCUAAAUUCAUUAUUGAACAAUUCCGAAAUGAGUUCUUAACGAAAAGGAAACAAAAGCCUGAUAUUAAAAUAUUAAAGAAACAUGCAUGUAUUAUUUUACAUAUACAUCGAGAACAAGAAACAUCGUUUACAUCGUUUAAUUUUAUGUGCGGAUGGAAUCAAGUCACCAUUGAAACUUUGUUGCCACAAGAGAGGCCACUUUCGAUUCUUUUAAAUGGAAGUCUUUGUGAUAUUAUUAAUACAACUUAUCCAUUCGAAGAUAUUUUGGAGCAAGAACUUUUAUGGUGCUUGCUAUGUAUGAAAUAUCCUUCUAAUACUAGAUCUGUUGAACAUAUUAAAUGGUUAAAUUCAGAGAUUUAUAAACACCCAAAUUUGCUAGAUUGUUUAAAAACUCAAGCACAAGAAUGGCUUCAAAAUCAUUCACCUACAAAUUGGCAAUAUAUCGUUGCUUCCAACAAAAAAUUAUUAUAUCCUUAUGCAUCUUUCUCAAUCGCCUUACAGGCCCAUAUUCGCGGAUUUGUUCGUAAACCAAUUGCUAGAAUCCUAUGCACACUUGAGCGAUUAUCGGUAACUAGAACAUUCUUUUUUAUUGAUAAAUUAGUUCAACCAGGAGAUGUAAAUCGACUUCUCGAGUUUUGGAUGAAAAUGUUUAAUGAUAAAAAAAUAAUAAAUAUUGAAGAAUUACCUGAACCAUCCCCUGAUAGUUACAUAAUGCCACCUGGAGUCUAUGAUCUACAAUUUCCAUUUUCAUAUUAUUUUAUGAAACAAAUUGAUGGAUUUAAAGCUCUUUAUUUAGAGGAAAUAGCUUUAUUACAUGAAGAUCCAAUAAAUAUUGACUCGAGAACUGGAGAACUUGUAAAAUCUGUGGCAGAAGAACAUAUGAAAGAAUUCACCAAUAAAAUACUUAACAUGGUUCCACUUCUUAAAACAUCACCUAUCGACUGGGCUUCAAUGUUAUACUUUAAAGAUUUCGUAACAGUGAUCGCCUAUAACGAACCUGGUGAUAAGGAUCCUGCAUUGCUUGAACUAAUCUUUGAACAAAGACUUGGAAAAGAGAAGAUAUUAAACAUUAUACUUUUGCAUACUUGUUGGUGGAAACAUGGAAAUUCUAUUAUUUCAGAACUUCGACUGGCUCAAAUGUGUCCGACAAUUGUAAAACAAAUUCUAAAUAAACCACCUCUUAUCUUUGAACAAUUCCUUGUUGAAGGUGCAUCAAAAAUGAUGCUGCAAAAGAUUUGUGAAGGAACAUAUGGUGAAACUAUUCAUCCUAGUGAAAUUAUUCAUUGGCAGCAUGAUGUUACUCAAAUACUUUCACUUAGCAAAAAGAUUUCAGGAUCUUCAACUUCAAAAUCUUUUCAAUUAUUACAAAUUUCUAAUGAUUUACUUUCCACAAGAUCCAUCACACGUUCAAGCAUUACUCAGAUCAUCAAUCUUGGGCAAAAUAAUAGCUUUGAAGAAUUUCUUUCUUGGAAGUUUGUUAACAGUGUUUUGAAUAUUUUGAAUAAACUUGACAAAUCAGAGAAAAUUUUGAACUCGCGAAGAGCAUUUAUUUUAAGAUGUCUUAAUAUUAUUCCAUCUGAAUCUUCGGUUAGACUUAACCUUUAUCACGAAUUAUUUUCACAACUACCAUUCCCACUUAUGGGUGCUAUCAUAAGUAAAAUUUUUAAAGCAGAAGAAGAAGAAAACAAUAACGUAUUUUUCCGUUUGAUCCAGGAACCUGCGGAAAUUUUAAAAAUUUCACAAAAGCUUGAAGUAAUUAAUAGUAGCCUAAAAACUACCGAUCUUAAUUCUGGAAUAGCAGCGUUAUGUUGUGAUAUUAUUCAACUCGAAUUUUUCUGGGAGUGUAAGUUGAAUCAAUUGGCACCUUAUUUUCGACAAGCAGCAGGUGCUUUAUAUAGUCCUGGAGUUCAACCGCUGCAAAGAAUUGUUUCUAUCGCUUUCCUUAAGGAAUUUGUUCAAAAAUUCUGGGAUUCUAUGAUUUCAAAGGAUGUUGACAAACCAAUCAAACUUCCUGAUAUGGAAUUCAAUCCAUUUAGUGGUCCUGCACUUCUCGAAGAUAUUAACAGUUCUAUGAGUUUGACACAUCCAUUAAUACACUCAUUAAAAAUCUAUUUCCUCCGAGAUUUACGUCAACGAGGGUAUGCUAUUGAUGAUGUGAAGAAAUUAGGUGAAUCGCAUAAAGAAAUAUUACCGUGGUUCAAUAGUUUUUCAUGGAAUAACGAUGAUGAAAGUCGGUUGCCAUUUAACCCUUAUUGGUCCGUGCCCGAUUACGCUGAGGCUGAGAAGGCAUUUUCUAAUUUACUUAAUUUCAAAAACAAGGCACCUUUAAAUCAAUUUUUAGACCGGAUCCGACUGAAUGACUCAAUUGAUGCACAAAUAGCAAUAAUAGGAAUCAUCGUGUCAAAACUUUAUGCUUUUAGGGCUUCACGUAAAUUAGUUGAUAUAGAAAAACAAGCAGCAGACUAUAUAAAUUAUGAAAUUACUGGAAUUGGCAAUUUACCUGCGAUUUAUAAACAAAUAAUAGCUAGAAUUUUGUCAAACAAAACUCUACUAUUUCAACUAUCUCCUCAAAUGAGUAGUACUGAACUGAUUAUGAAGUCUGUUAUUAUACAUAUUAUUGGAGCACAUGCUUCUUUGUCGGAAGAUUCUUCACCCUUAACUGCUUAUUUACAUAAAUUACAAGAGUGUCAGGAUCAAUAUAUAUUAGCAUGCCCCUCUGAUAUUGAAUCUGUUGUAUUCAAUGCGAUUGCUGUUGGCGGAGUUUCUAGAUAUGCAUGUAAAUGUGGAUUCAAAUAUGUUAUAGCAAACUGUGGCGGAGCUGUCAUUGAAAGCAAAUGUCCUGAAUGCAAAAGUGCUAUCGGUGGUAAAGGUUAUAACAUAGCGGCAGGUAACAGACGAUUAGAUGCAGCACCUAUUUCCUCGGUGGUAUCAAGCGACCAAGCAGGAUAUAUCGCAGAAUCGACCAAUAAUUCAUUGUCAUACUGUGUUCGCUCUAUGAUACCAGCUUCUUAUCGUAUUUUGCAUUUGUUCGUUCAUGUUAUCAUUGCAGCAUCGGCACCUUCCACAAUUGCCACUGCAUUUGUUAAGAAAAAUAAUAAUAAUGUUAAUGACAUUGAAAAAUAUUGUAUGGAACAUAUUCAGAAUGAUUGGAAUGUUCUCAAGCAACUACUUGAUGUUUCAGAUGAAAAUUUGGCUUUAUUGAUACAUUUAAUCCUUACCGAAAUGGUCAAUAACCCACCAACUAAACAUAAUAAAGUGCUUAGUUCAUCAUUCUCUAGAGACGGAUGGGAGAUAAUGUUUUCGCAGACUUACAUUAUUCCGAAAAUUCAAAGCGUUACUGAAGCAACAACAAAUUUCCGAGCUCAAUUAGAUCAAGCAAUCAGGAAUGCACAAGUUACUAGUAAUAUUCUUGAAGGUGAAAUAAAUCAAACAUUACCAAUGGAUGAAGGAUAUUGCCAAGAAUAUUUGCCACGGCUUUUCAGAACAAUUGUAAAAACAAGUUUUGACAGUUUAAGAGCUUACUAUAAUCGAGAUAUCAAAUAUAAUUCACAAGUAUUCCCAUUCUUAAACAUCUAUUUUAAGCAUUUCGAAAAAUUACCACACAUCAAAAAUCUUUACCCGAUAGUAAAAUUCGUUCAAAUAUUGGCAUCACGACUUGGAUAUCGAUUAACCAGAAAAGAAGCUAACCAAAUUACAUUCAAAGAUUUUAUUGAAGAUCAAUCGAUUAAUGGUCAAUUGCAAGAAACAUAUGAGUCAUUAUCUUUGGCUUUUAAUGAUUUUGCCAAUGCAUGGAAUGAAACAAUUGGUCAUGUAACUAGAUAUCAGUGCCAUCAACUUCCAGAUGAAAAGCCUCAUAUCAAUAUUAAUAGUACUAUAGUAUUUGGGUUGAUGGAAGGAAGGGAUACCGGAAUUUAUUUAUGUGCAAUUCUAGAAUAUUUGAUCACUUUACAAAAUAAUUUCUUACAAGAAGUCAUGGCCAUCCCCGGUGGAUCAUGCCAUUCUCUUAAUUUCUUACGAGAACUUUCUUGGGUCACAUAUGAAAAUGUCUCAUCAUCUUCCACAAACCCUAUACCUAAUUUAGCGAUAGAAACACCAAAUCCUUACUUUAUCCAAUCCAAAAAGCUAGAUACAUUACAAGAAGCUAAUUUUAUCAACUAUUCAUGGGAUAAAGAUAUUCUUCAAUAUAGCCAGCAUAAUCUUGGAAUCGGGCGUGGACAAGAUAUAAUAUAUGAUUUACAGAAAAUAGAAACGGAGCUUGCUUAUAAAAUAGUUGCGGAGAAGGUUCAUAUAGCGGGCGGAGCCGAACAACAGUUAUAUUUGGAACCAUUCCCAUAUCACAUGGAGUUAUUCCAAGGAUCCAUGAGAAUCUUAGGGGAAAUCAAAGUUUUAAUUCCACAAGAACCGAUUCCAUCGGACAAAUUAACAUUGAUUACUGGCAAGUCCAACAAUCCAUUUAUUUCAUAUAUGCACCAGCAGCCAUUGUUAUCAAGCUAUUCCAUUGAUAAUGCAUCAGAACUUUUCUCAUUUCUGGAAAUUCUUAUUUGUUUUGUCAAAAGAACAUCAGUUGGUGAUGGGAACCUCUCAAUAAAAGAAUUUGUAAAUCAAUGGAUGAAACUUUCGACGUUGGCAGAAAUUAAACUUGAACCGUCGAUGGAAAAUGAAAUUAUUGACGCAAUAGAUUUUGAUCAAAAAUCCACACAACAGCAAAAAUUACCAGCAGAAGCAUUUACUAUAGCACUUAAACGAUUCAUGCAAAGGUUUUUAUCAGCUGAAAAUAAUAAUAGUAAACAUUCACUUAAUACAUACCUUACGGAUAUGACAUUAAGUCUGUGGCCCUCAGAUAUUGACGAAGAAUUAGUGGAUGAGAUGUUUCCAAAUUCAUUACUUGUGGAGCAUGUUUACGAGGCCUAUAAAGUCGCAAUAUCCAGGAUUGAGGUAUCAAUGAAAAAACAACCUUCCUCAACAUUGGGUAGAUCAAAUACAACCAAUGCUGGAUCGGUUCAAUCAUCAGCCUCGGUAACGGCUAAUAGAAAUUUAGGAUCUAGUGGAACUAUUUAA